GCUGCAAUGUGACACCCAGGCCUGUUGUAUACUGAGGGACUUGAAAGGUAUAGGAGGGGCCGGUCUGUAGCAUAUCCCAUGAGCUUGACAGCUUUCCCUGCUGUGACACCCCCCGCGUUGACUGUGUGGUGCUAUAUUUUGAUGGUGCUGCCUUUUGAGGUGGGGCGAUUGGGAUUGUUUUUGCUUUAUCCGGUGGAUCUAGUGAUGUUAAAUCUCACCAUUCUCACAAGGAAAGUAUACAAACAAUUCUUGUUUUAGGCUCAUUAUUCUGUAUAUUAAUCGUAAAAAAAGUAUACAUUGUUAUAGAUGGAUACCCACCACGAGUCACGGACGAUCAUAUCAUGAUGCAUAAAACCAAGAGCUACAAAGCACUCUAAUUUACUAUACAUUGCGCGACAAGAUGGUCUAUUUGCGAGCGCUGUCUGCAAAAAAAUUGACUUGGAUCCUUUUUGUUAUUUUCAAAACACACAAUAAAAACCUCCAAUUUUCAACCUGGC